AUGGCGAAAGCCAUUUUAGGGGCUCAUCUAUACGUGGGAAAGGUUGUACUCUGGCCUUUAAGAGAGGCUUUCAAAAAGCCCAACAAUUCAUCUGUUCCCUCUCUUAGCCAAAACAGCAAAAAUGAUUUAAUUCUGGCCUUUUCUGCUGGGGUUCUGCUGACACUGCUGCUGGUGGCACUUGUCUUCCUCAUCGUAAAGGGCUACAGAAAAUGUCACCCCAGUCCCCAGGCCCUGGACCCUCGUUCAGGUCUUCCAGCCAAGCUUUCAUCUGUCUCAGAGGAAUCACUAAACUAUGCCAGCAUGACUUUCAAAAUCUCAGAAGAAAAGGGCAAUCACUUGACUGAGACUUGUUCUGCAGACUUGGACCCCAUAGUCUAUGCUCAAAUUAAAGCAGAACACUCACCUUGCCUUUCCAGUGAGGCUUGAAUCCAGAUCUGCCUUUUCAGCACGCCAUCCUCAUACACUGUUUUCUUUUUUUUUCUUUAACAAAUUUUGGACCACGACCUUUGUGAAACUGCAGUUAAGAGUUGUCUGGGUGUGACCUGGCGAUGCUGGCCAGCAAUUUUGAAGACCAAUGGUCACUCUUUUUCCGAGCCAGAGAAAAUAUCACUGGCCCUCCCACUUUAACGGACAGCCUGUUAGCCCCUCAAGUGCUGAGACUGCCUCCCUCGUACCUUUCCGGAGCAUGUGGUACAGAGCUUAGUGCACAGAGUAUUCACCUAGCAUCGUGGAUCCACUUGGGAGGAGUCAACCAAAUGAACCAUCUAUCAAGAACUUGAAAUAAAGGCAAA